AUGAAUCAGAUUUUCCAAAGUGCAUUGGGAGUUGGGAGGGUCUUCGCUUGUGUGCCAGACCGCGCCUGCGAAAACCCUCUCAAUGCACCAGCUUUCUUUUCAGGCUGUUGCAUACAUUCCUCUCAUAGAUUCAGAGUCCUAUCAGUUCCAGCUUCUGUUCUUACACUUGGUGGAGCUUAUCUUUAUGGCUUGCCUGUUUGAUUCGUUGCUGAUUCUGUAGGUGCAACAUUAGGUGCCACAGCUUCAUUUUUCCUAGGAAGAACAAUUGGAAGAUCUUAUGUCACUUCCAAACUCAAGAAUUAUCCAAAGUUUCAAGCUGUUGCUAUUGCAUUUCACAGAUCUGGUUUCAAGACAGUUCUACUACUUCGGCUUGCUCCUUUGCUUCCAUUUAACAUGAUGAACUACCUCAUCUCGAUGACUUCUGUUAAUGUAGGGGACUAUGUGCUGGCAUCUUGGUUGGGGAUGAUGCCCAUCAUGUUUGCACUGGUGUAUGUUAGUACAACACUUGAGAGCAAGUCGAACAAUACAGACGGUUGGAAUGAGGUUUCAACCACUCAUUGGGUAAUCGAGUUCCUUGGUGUUACUUGCACGGUGAUUCUAAGGGUUUGCAUUCCUAAAGUUGCAAAGGCUUCAUAUAUUGGACAAAGCAGUGGCUGAACAUGCUGACACAUAGAAGGCAUCUUGUCCCCUUCAACGCUACCCAUCGUAGCAGAUUCAUCCUUGGAUCUUCAGAAGCGUCUCAUAGUCCGGAUAGACUCAGAGCCCAGUAACAAGAGUCAUGGUGAUGCUCGCCACCCAAGCCCAACCCCGCCAAGCCGCCAGCCAUCUCGCCGCAGGCAAACUCUCCUUCUCUCCGUCUCUCUGCCUUUGAGAUAG